AUGGCUUUGAUUGGUAAUCAGCACGAUUAUCCGGUGACCACCGCAGUGAUAACGACCAAUUAUUCGAGCAGUAGAACGUACGAAUCUUUGUAUCCUUCGCCGUACAACUCGCCGAGCUACGAUUCCGUGAAAGUCCCUUGCGGGGAGAAUUACGGGCACAAAGGUGAGCACACGCCGCGGAAAGAGUCGGGGCCGGUUAAUUACGCGAGUGAAGUAAUCACGAAGUACUCGAGAACUCCGGACUCGUAUGACAGAAGUUCCUUCGGUAUGUUGACGCCUAUGACCCCUCAAAGGUAUGAACCACAGCACGCGAUAAGUCACACGGUUUCACCGAGAUCGAUGCUACACGAAGAGAACUCCGUUGAAUACAUUCCGGCGGCUUAUUGCUACGAAACGCCACCGCAGGAGCAAAAAUUUCAGAUGCUCGAGAAGAAUGAGCCGAUGCAAAUGAUCGCCGAGCCACUGAGGAACUGCUGGGAACCCGUUACAUCCGCUCAGAAACAGUUAUCGCCAGUCAAUAGCCCGCGACGCGGAAGGAGACGAUCAAGGGACAUACCGCCGUCGCCGAGCGUGUUGAAGCGUCGACGUCUCGCGGCGAACGCGCGGGAGAGACGCCGCAUGAACGGGUUGAACGACGCCUUCGACAAACUGAGAGAAGUGGUCCCCAGUCUGGGGGCUGAUCACAAACUGAGCAAAUUCGAGACGUUGCAAAUGGCGCAGACUUACAUCGCAGCGUUGUGCGAUCUCCUUCAGCGGCACGACGGAAAAUGGCAAUAA